AUGACCAGCGAAUAUGAUGAGGAACCAUCUACAUCUACUCCAAAGGGUAAGCUAAACUGCUUUCUUGCUGCAAGAGAUGUAAGUCCAAUUCGAACCUCAAUGAUGACACCAUGGGAAGAAGCUGCAGGACGAACCAAGAGGCACUAUUUACGGAAAGCCAGACAGGUUGUCUUUGCUACCCUUGAAGAAAUUGCACCCAAUAAUUCUGAGAUGCUGUUCAGAGCAAUAAAAGAAAGGCAACUAGAUGAAAAUGAUGACACGGAUUGCAUGCUGUUAGAAGCUUUAACAGCAUGCUACGAGAAUGCCAGCCAUUGGAGCAGUCGCAUACAAAUUCUCUCCAUCUUUGCCGAUAAGGUCAGCUUCAAAACUGUUCAACAAUGGAUUCCAGAUAUAACUCGCUAUCGAUAUAGCAUUGCAAGACACCACCUGUUGCUACAUGGCAGAGGCGCUGACAUUUCUCCCCAGAAACACGUCAGAAUUAAAGUACCUCCAGAGAAGCUCGACCACUUUUUGGCUUUCAUUACCAGUGCAAGGGUAAUACAAGAUUUGCCCUUUGGGGAGAAAACCUUAAAGCUCUCUACCACUGAAAUAAAGAUCCCAAACGUCAUAAGAAACUCCAUACCAGAACAGAUAAUUCAGCAGUAUCAGAGCUACUGUGCGGAGACCGGAUUUAGUUCCCCUUUGAGCCGUAGUAGCCUUUGCAGGAUACUAGACGUUUGUUCUGCAUCUACCCGCACCUCGCUUCAAGGCCUCGACUACUUCUCAGCAGAAGGUGGCAAAGCAUUUGAUGACAUGGUUACAGUCGUAGAUAAGCUAGGUGACGUCUAUGAACUUGGUCUGACAUGGUCCAAGGAGCAGAUUAGAAAGUUGAAACUGGCAAAGCGUUACUUUAAAAGUGAUUACAAGGUCAGUGACCUUUUAAAGAAUUUUUUAUUAGACGAAAUGCCUUGAGAAAAUGAUUACAUGUUUUGUUUCGUUCCUUUUCUUUUCUUUUCUUUUCUUUCUCCCAAUCAAGUUAAUGAAAAAUGAACUUAGAUGUCCUUAACAAUGGGCGCCGCGUCUUAGCGCUUUCAUCAAAAUGCCGUAGUUUAUGUACGAUGAAUUGUUAUAGCUGAUACAUUAAUUAUGUGAUGUUUGUGUUUUUUUCAGGUUCAUGUGUCAUCAACUUCAAGGGUCCCUGACCAUUGUAGACCUUAUGCCCUCAGUCUUGCUAACGAUUCCAAUUUUACCACCACGUGUAAUCAUCAGCACGAUCUAGUUUGUGAUAGGUGCAACCUGUUUCCUGCUGUUGUCCAAGAAUUAGAGUUACAGGUGGAAAAGGCUAGGAUUCCUCACGAAGACAAAGAAGAAAUGAAGUUUGUGGUGGCGCAGUCAAAGAAGAACAUAGAAGCCUGGAAAGCACACAUAUUACGCUUCAUCAAUCAAGAUGAGGCCCGCCUUGACAUCCUGAAAGCAGUAGAUGACAACUCUGUAUUGGUGGUGCUAGAUUGGGCAAUGAAGUUCAUCCCAAGAAAGUACAGAGAGAGCCAGGCGGACUGGUUUGGUAAGAGAGGCCUCUCCUGGCACAUUAGUGUGGCAUUGAAAAAGCCUCCUGGAAAAACCUUGCAGACGCUGACUCUUGUCCACGUGUUUCAGAAAAGUAACCAAGACAGCCUGUAUGUGUUGGCCGUCAUCGAUGAUGUAAUCGAAAAGCUAAAGACUGCAAUACCUGGGUUGAAAUCUGUGAGCUUCAGACAGGACAACGCUGGUUGCUACCACAGCGCUGCUACCAUACUUGGGAUACAUCAACUCGCCGUAAAGCACAAUGUGUGCGUGCGAAUGGAUUUUUCUGAUCCUCAAGGCGGGAAGGGACCAUGUGAUCGCAAAGCUGCUUCUAUAAAGAAUCAUAUGCGUUCAUACCUCAACUCUGGCCAUGACAUCUCGUCUGCACAAGACAUGAAAUCAGCUAUAGAGUCCAAUGGCGGUGUACGUGGUGUUGCGACUAUACUGUGUGGUCCUCUAACCAUCCCUGACCCUAGUCCUUUUCCAAAAUGGGAAGGUGUUAGCCUUAUCAAUGACAUCCAAUUCAAGACCGAGGAGAUGAAGGUUUGGAGAGCUUAUGACGUUGGGCAUGGUAAAAGCGUUCCCUAUAGCAAUUUCACUCAAACGAAGAAGACUGAACUUCCAUCGCUUACCAAGAUUACUGAUGUCCCCAGCACUAAUCUUGUAUUCUGUGAAGUCACGCCAAGGAAAUGUCAUGUCGCCAAAGACAAAGACACGAAGACAUCCGCCGACGACGACAGCAGCGACGCAGACGAGGAUACGCUUUUCACCUGUCCAGAAGAUGGAUGUGUGAAAACCUUCCAACGGUUUUCAUCCCUCCAGAAGCAUCUGGAUGGAGGCAGGCACAAGUACGCCCUCGAGAGGGAGUCAUUCCUUGAUAAAGCAAUGCUACGCUAUGCUGAAAAUCUAGAAAGUGGGGCUGCAUCCAUAGUAUGGCAAGUCGAGGAGAUUGCUGAAGAAUCAAAGGUACCUUCGAUAAAGAUGGGAUGGGCGCUAAAACGUGUUUCCACAAGUCGACACCGUUUCAAUGAGAAGCAAAAAAAGUACCUCAUCGACAUAUUUCUUCUUGGCGAGCAGACAGGGCAAAAAGCAGAUGCUAGUGAUGUCUCAAAAUCGAUGAGAAAAGCGCGCAAUGCAGAUGGUUCUCUUCUUUUCCUGUCUAAUGAAUACCUGACAUCACAGCAGGUAAACAAAGUAAAACAGCCGGAUCACAGGUUAUGUACACUAUUACAGUAA